UAACAUUGUCAUUCUCUCACGCAGAAAAGAUCCGCACAGUAGAGAGUUCAUAUUAGAAAUAUAGACGGACUUUUCACAGUUUGUGAAUAUCUUCGAAAUGUUAACUCCUAUUAUAUAUCUUUAUUUUCUGUUAUUUCUCAUGACAAAGAUAAUGCACGGCCAAGGAAAUUCGUGUGUCUGUAGUCAGCCGGAUUCAGAUUUUGCGGCUGGUGUCAAUCUCGUUUAUUAUAAAUGCAAUCACGAAACCCCUGCAACAAUCGCCUACCCCAUCACAGCGCCAGAAGAGAUGUUAAAAGUGUUAGAAGAUAAGCGGACAAUCUUUUACGUCUUUGGAUAUUUACAAUCUCCAGGAGACGCAAAUGUCCAGUUAAUGAUGGAAGCGCUCUGUUAUGAAAGAACGGACAACGUUGUAUUACUCGAUUGGAGUAAAUAUUCUAAGGGCACUUACUGGAGCGCUUUCCAAAACGGCGAAAAAGUAGGCGCUUUGUUCGCACAAAGUAUACGACUGCUUGUAAAUAGCGGCCUCGAUAUAUCAAAGAUUUAUGUUGUCGCGCACUCCUUGGGUGUCCACAUAGCUGGUUUUGCCGGUAAAUGCAACGAUUUAGUGAUACCUCGCAUCACAGGAUUGGACCCCGCAAAUCCUUUGUUCUAUCUUUUCGGAUGCUAUCUCACACCCACAGAUGCGGCGUGGAUCGAUAUCAUCCAUACGGACAAGGGAGGAUAUGGUACUCCCACCUGUAUGGGAACAGCGGAAUUUUACGCAAACGGUGGAACUCGCCCUCAGCCUGGUUGCAAGUUAAUCGGCUUACCAUUAAGCAAGAUCGAUCUUUGCAGUCAUCAAAGAUCAGUCGAAUUGUAUGCAGAAUCGAAACGUCACUCUACAAAAUUUAUUGCAGUACAAUGUCCUUCUUAUGCUGAUUAUGAAGAAAGUCAAUGCAAAAACAAUUUGCAGACUAACAUUGGAUAUGCUGCAUCGGAUGUACGCGGAUCAUUUUAUUUUCAUACAGAAGCUUCAUAAUGAGAACUACUUAUUACACUUAAAACCGUUUCGUUAUUUGGAGAAAAAUGAGAGUCUAAUAUUUAAAAAUAUAUUAUUUUCUGCAACAGAAACAAAUAUAUAUCCAUAUAUCAAGGUGUAAAAACAAAGUUUAAUAAUCAAUUAUUUUUACACUUGAGUUUCGACAAUCAGAGGAGAAACUCUAUCUCUAUAUAUUAUUACAAAUAAAAAAAAAGAAAAUACA